AUGUCGGCAUUCAUCCGCAACAGCAAGUUCCGGCAUGUGUACGUCGAGCCCCCGAAGCAGGAGGACACGUUCCGCAAUCUCCGUUUAGCGACGACGACGGGCGAACAGCAGUACGUCAAGGCGAACACGAAGUACUUCGCCGUCGCGCUCCAGGGCGGCGGCGGCCCCAUCGCCGUCGUCGACCACACCGCCACGGGCGCGUUCCCGACGGGCGGCCCCGUGCUCGCGGGCCACAAGGGCGCGGCGCUCGACUUCGACUUCCACCCGUUCAACGAGCAGCUGCUCGCGUCCUGCAGCGACGACUCGACGGUGAAGCUCUGGGGCAUCCCGCCGGGCGGUUUGACGGAGACGCUCACGGAGCCGCUCGUGGAUCUGCGGGGCCACGGCCGCAAGGUCACGCUGCUCCGGUUCCACCCGACGGCGAGCAACGUGCUCGCGUCCGUGUCCGCGGACAUGCUCUGCAAGGUCUGGGACGUCGAGAAGCAGGGCGAGGUCGCGUCCACGGACGCGCACACGUCCCUCAUCCAGGACGUGCAAUGGAACGCCGACGGGAGCCUGCUGGGCACGAGCCUCUGCAAGGACAAGGUCGUCCGCCUCUUCGACCCGCGCGGCUCCGCGGUCGCGACGGAGCUCCGGGCCGCCCACGAGGGGUCCAAGUCCGUCAAGCUCGCCUUCCUCCAGGACGGCCUGCUGGCGACCGUGGGCUUCACGCGCCAGAGCCAGCGCCAGAUCAAGAUCUGGGACGCGCGCGACCCGUCCAAGGAGCUCGCGCUCGUGUCGCUCGACCAGGCCGCGGGCGUGCUCCUGCCCUUCUUCGACCCGGACACGAAGAUGCUCUACCUCUGCGGCAAGGGCGACGGCAACAUCCGCUACUACGAGAUCAACAAGGCCGCGAAGACGCCGUGCUUCGCGCUCUCGGAGCAUCGGUCGACGGCCGCGGGCAAGGGCUACUGCUUCCUGCCGAAGCGGUGCCUCGACGUCAUGUCCUGCGAGACCGCGCGGUGCCUCAAGCUCACGUCCCAGAACGGCAACGGCGUCGUCGAGCCCCUGUCCUUCGUCGUGCCCCGGAAGUCGGACGCGUUCCAGGACGACAUCUUCCCGGACUGCUACGCGGGGCUCCCGUCCUGCGACGCCGACGCCUGGCUCGCCGGCGCCAACGAGCCGCCGAAGCUCCGGCCCCUGAACCCGGACGCGGGCUUCGUCGCCGCGCCGUCGGCGGCCGCGUUCGUCGCCAAAAAGACGGCCGCGCAGCUCGAGGUCGAGCUCGCGGACGCGCACAAGAAGAUCGCCGACCUCGAGGCGAAGCUCGCCGCCGCCGGCCUCGCCUCCUGA